ACGCCGAGUCGCGACUAGUGAACGUCAGCGUACUGACGUGGACGGCCGUAUACGCGUUCGCCCGUUUCGUUUGACAGCCACAGAAAAAAAAACAUUUCGCGCGACUUUUGACAGAUUAUAUCAAACUUUUUAGUGAGUUCGAAAAUUGGACAGAUUGUACAAGUGUGGUUUAUUAUUUUCUGAACAAGGAGAUAUAUUUGCAGUGUAUUUAUUAUCGGCUUGGAGUGGCCGUUGAAACGCUAUAAAGUGAUGAAUCAGCGAACGCCGGCUAAUUAACAACUGUUCACUGUUACGAAAACAAAAUCCAAGCACCUCAACGUCUUAACAAUUGAAUAUUUCGUGGCGCUAGUCCCAGCACGGCGGCAAGCUGUUUUACCCCUACCUGAAAACGUCAUCCCUACAAAGGGACUUCCUUUUUGCCAGUGGCUCCGGAAGGCAGACGACUAAAUGAGCUUGAUGAUGGUCACCGACGCCCAUAGAUACUGGAACUGUUAUCACCGAUGGGAUAAGAACGAGUCGGGAUGCGAGGCUGAUAUGCUGGAGGGCGCGGAGGGGGGCCGGCACUCGCCGCCCCGGCCGCAGCAAGAGCCCAUCAACCUGAAGAAUGAGCAGGCGGAGUCGGACCGUGAAAGCGGCGCGAGUUCGCCGGAGGGCGGCGGUGGUCGCGCGCAGCUAGCCGAGCCGCGCACGCCGUCACCGCGCGCGCGCACGCCCCACCAACCACACUUGAAUGGCUCCAUGGCAUCAAUGUUUCAAAACCUUCAGAACCUGGCCAACAUGCAGCAGAGCAUGCCAAUGUCCCAGCAACAGAUGUCUCAACAGAUGUCACAGUUGGCCGCCAACCUCCAAGGCCUCACGUCCAUGCCAUCCAACCCCGUCAUCAACUCACCACUGAACUUGAGUGUUAGCGCGCCAGGUAUGGGCUCACCUAAUCCAGUCGGUAAUAACAACAUGCUGCCGCCAGCUAUGCCAUCGCCUAUGCCACAACUCAUCUUGGCUUCAGGUCAGCUCGUCCAAGGAAUACAAGGCGCCCAGCUAUUGAUACCUACAUCUCAAGGACUAGCAACACAGACCAUCCUAACGAUUCCGGUAAACCACGUCAACUCAAACGAUCAAAUGGUGAAUCUAGCGUUGAAUAACGGCCAAGUAGUUUCUACGUCCCUAGCCAACCUCCAAGCAAUGGCCCAACCUCACCAGUUACUGAACUCCAACCCGCAGCAGACGUCAAACAUACGGCCAAACAUGUUGAACCCAACGCUAUCGAAUGCUCUACUAAAUCAGGGCUUGCCAAACUUCUUGUCGAAUGGUGCCGCCAACGCCCAGGAGCUGUUACAGGCGUUGCAGCAGCCGCAAGCGAAUCACAACCUUCUCCAGACGGUCCAACAGAACAAUAUGCCUCAACAAAUGCAAGGCAGAAGAUCCUCUUCACCAAGACCCGAUAGACAUUAUAAAGAGAGAGAAAACUUUGAGCGGUUCGCAGGAGGCUCUAGGGAAAGGAAUGAAAGGGAUAAUUCUGGAUCAUCAGCGCUUAACAGUAUUAAUAGGCUGGCAGCAUCGAACGGCGAGAUAACGAUCACAACAUCUCAUUCGAACGCUGGCACGACGAGCAGCGCCGGCAGCGUCGGCUCCGGGCCCACGGCCUCACCGCACCCGCCCGUCAAACUGUCGCCCGGCUCCGUGAAAUCACCGGCGCACGACGAUGGAGAUCUACUGGCUGACUCGCCAAAUCAACCAACCAUCAGUCAGUCAUCUGGCAACGUAGUCGAUGGCAUAAACCUAGAAGACAUCAAAGAAUUCGCCAAAGCUUUUAAACUUCGGCGACUGGGUCUCGGCCUAACGCAAACGCAAGUCGGGCAGGCGCUCUCUGUCACUGAAGGGCCAGCGUACAGCCAAAGUGCCAUCUGCAGUGCCCUGGCUUCGCAGAUGCUAGCAGCUCAGCUGUCUUCACAACAACAAAACAUAUUUGAGAAAUUGGAUAUAACUCCAAAAAGUGCGCAGAAAAUCAAACCGGUGCUUGAACGUUGGAUGAAGGAAGCUGAAGAGAGGUACGCCUCAGGUCAGAACCAUUUGACAGAUUUUAUAGGCAUGGAACCGAGUAAGAAACGCAAACGGCGGACGUCCUUCACGCCUCAAGCACUGGAGUUACUCAACGCGCAUUUCGAAAGAAACACACAUCCGUCUGGCACCGAAAUAACUGGACUCGCACAUCAGCUGGGCUACGAGCGGGAAGUUAUAAGAAUAUGGUUUUGUAACAAACGACAGGCUUUAAAGAAUACCGUUCGAAUGAUGUCAAAAGGAAUGGUCUAAAUUUAAAUAUAGAACAAAUAUCAUCAGAUUACGACAGCCCAUUGAAAAAAUACUAAAGAACCCAAAAGCUGCCAGGCUGCCAAGUGUGAUACCAUAUUUAUUUUAACAAUUAAAAUAAUAUGUUUGAAAUUAAAAUGUUUAAUUGAGUUUGACAUUGCCAAGGACAUUCGCCAAAUCCCUGGCAAUGCCAAUGUAAUCAGCCUAUGUAGCGAGGUGAACUUAUCAUGAAUAUAAAGUAUAAACCGUUUAUUUAGUGGACGUAUCCAAUACAGCAACGGAAGUUAUUGUUGUUUGACAGAAAGAUAUAUUUAUAAGUAUCUUCGCUACAUAAUAGCAAGGAUUCUCAAAUUUACUUUAUUAAAUGUAAAGUUCUAAAUUUAAAUUAACUCGAACACACAUUUCUCCAAUUAAUAUGUAGCACACAAAGAAGAUAUUUUAUCUUCUAUAAUUUUCGUACGAAAUUAUUUAAUUGUGGUAGCUCAACUAAUUGCUCUACCAACAUAUGCAGGUCUCAUUGGUGUCACACUUGGUCAAAUAUAAUGUUAUAAAGAAAAAUAAAUCUGACUAAUAACAUCAAAAGAAAACGAAAACACCCACAGAUUAUACCAAAACGUGAAGACAUGUAGUCUUUCUGUCAUUAUUUGCAAAACUAUACAAACAUGCUACGUGAAGUUUUUAUUCGGUUGAUGUAAUACUGGCCUUAUUCGAAUCUUGUUACGAUUCUAGCCAAGUUUAGUAACGUAAUACGAUUUUUUUAAAUAUUAAUGUAAAUUUAAACAUUUCGACUGAUAUAUUCGUCUCGACGUAGCUACUUUUACAAUGGUAUAUAAAUGGUAGUAUUAAAUAGGUGUUUAGUACAAAAUUAAAAAUAACGAGUAUCAUGAUUUAAAAUACUCUAUACAAAUAUCAUUCUAACGUAGUGAUGCGAAACAUCGAUCACGAUUAAAAAAAAACUUAUGACAACAAAGUAGGAGGCCGUUUUGUUUUUAAAAAAAAAAUGCAUUUUGUAAAUAAGUACAACACUUGAAAACUGACUCAUGGCGAUAAUGAAAUGUAGUUUCUAGAUACAUUAAUUUAUUGAAAUACUCUGAGUUGUUCCGUUCUACAUAGCGAAUGUUGCACUUUAUAGUUUUAGGAUUAAUUAACAAUAUUUGGAAGUAGUUAAAAUGUCGUCAAUCUUAGUGGCCUACUUGAUUUUAAUUUCGAUUAUUAUAAUUUUAUAUUUUUGUUAAUAGAUAGGUUUAAACGAUAUGUAUAAAAUAAUUAUAUGCAUUGUCGUAAAUUGUACAUAUUGUUCUCGUAAUUUUAGUUUAUUAAAAUGUAUUAUUAGUUUUAUGUAACUAUAACUGAACUAUAAGUUUAGCUUCGUAAGACGUUUGUCUGGUAAUCAAGUUGGAUAUUUGUUGCAAUGUUAAAUGAGUUCUUUCGAAAGUACGCCUUCAUUUCCAUAUUUGCAGAAUAAGUGUUUGUUUAAAUGGAAUUUUCUAUUGUAGAAUACAAAUAACAGCAGGUCUGACUUGAAUUAUUAAUUUAACUUAUCUGUGCAUAUUAUUUGGGUAACUACGAAAAAAACUAAUAAAAUUGCCUCGCAUUUGGAAAGUAGAUUUCGAAAUAUAUACUUAUAUAGAUUUUCAAAAAAUAAAAAAAAUAUUAUAUAUGUUUUAAGAGAAGGGAGGUGCCCGAAAAGUAUGCACAUUAUAAAAAAAUUUGUGCUUAAAGAAACUUUAUUAGAUCUGCCAUCUAUAGUAAAACUUUUUCUAUUGAAAGGACUGAUUAAUUUUCUAUAAUAAUUUAAAUACACUGAUAAUAAAACACUUUUCUUUUUAAGAGAUUUAAAUAAACAGAGUAACUAUUGAUGUAAAUAGUUUAAAUAAACAUUUCAUUCAAAGACCUACUGUUAGCUGUAUUACCGUUAGUAAUAAGGCUGUAAUUUAACGUAUGUUAAUGACCAAUGAAAACCACCUUGUGAUCAUUAAUAUUUGUACUGUUACCUACUACUUAACAAGAGUCGUUAAAAAAUAAUAUUAUAAAAAAAUUGAACAUAUUUUUCGGCUGUUGAAAAAAUUGUAAAUACAAUAUUAAGGAUAAUAAAAACUAUUUGGAUUAAUAUUUAGGAACAAAGUGAAAAAAUAUUAUCAAAAUUUAUAUUUUCAAAAAUUAUUACAAUUGCAAAAAAAAAUGUGUAUUUAAAAAAAGGAAUGUUUGGCCAUAAUCAAAAUUUUAUCGAGUACUGAUUUUUUAUCGACUUAAGCACACCACUACACCCACAAACAAGCAGUACGGUAAACAGCGACUUAAGAAAAGAAACGUGCAAUGCGAUAGUGCACGUAAUGUACUUAUAACGGAGUCAGAUAUCUCGUCCUUUAAUAUUCAAUUUUUAAUCGUGUUAGAUCUAAAUGGAUACCAUAGGAUAAUAAGUAUACAUAUUCUGUGUUUCGAUAGAUACAAACAUUUUAUAAAUAUCAGCUAUGAGGACUCGAUUCAAAGCAUUGCCAAGUAACUCUGCUUUUAUAUCGAUACAUUUUACGAGUAACGAAAUAUCUGAUUCCCAGCAAACAUUAGUGUAAUAGAUCCAAGCAUAGAAUGCUAAGUACAAAUAAUUAAUUUAACGAUAAACUGCUAGUCCGUUACAUAUAAAAAAUACUAUUAUUAAAUUUUAUUACAUUGCAAAAUCGCGUUGCACCCUGGUUUUCAUGAUCCGCAUGUAUUUAUAAUAAUAAUAGUUUAAAAUACAAUUAUUAAAAGUCUACUACACAUAACUUCAUCUGUAACACAUAUUCAAACCAAACUGUAACAGUAUCUAAUAGUGUAUUAAUUUUUCUUCCUGUAAUGGUACCGAAUGGAUGACUAUGGCUGCUGGAAUAUGAAGAGAAGCAGAUUAAAGGCAGAUAACUGUUUGAA